CGCGUCCCCUUCCCCGCAGGCCCGCGGCUUUGCGCCUGUUUCCUUCAUCGACGUUUUCAGAAGUAUAGAGUCCUGCCCACCUCGGGAAAGCUCGGGAAUUUGCUGAGACGACACGUUGAAAUGGACCGUUGUGAUUCAGAAUUGUGUGUGUGUGCAGUGGUCGUAGCAGUGAAGCGCUUUACGUGCAGGUUACGACAAGCGUCCGUGAAGGGUGACUGGAAAUGUAAACAAGAAUAAGCUGUUUGUUUCCUGAUGGCUUUUAGCAUAUACUGACAUACUGUUUGUGAUGGCAUCUGAGACUGAGAAGACCCGUGCUUUACUCCAGUCUUGUAGCACUGAAUCUCUUAUUUCCAGCCUUGGUCUGGGCAUAUUCUGUCUAGUAGCUGACAGACUUCUUCAGCUUUCCAUAAUUCAACAAAAUGACUGGCUUCGUGCACUCUCAGAUAAUUCAGUACAUUGCGUGAUUGGCAUGUGGUCAUGGGCCAUAGUCAUUGGAAUCAAGAAGAAGAGUGAUGUUGGAGAAAUCAUUUUAGCUGGAUUUUUAGCCUCUGUUAUUGAUAUAGACCACUUUUUUCUAGCCGGAUCCCUGUCUUUAAAGGCUGCUCUGACUCUUCCACGAAGACCUUUCCUUCACUGCUCUACUGUGAUACCUGCUGUGGUUCUGACCCUGAAGUUCACAAUGCACCUUUUCAAACUCAAAGAUGCGUGGUGCUUUCUUCCCUGGAUGUUAUUUAUAUCCUGGACCUCACACCACGUCCGAGAUGGAAUUCGCCAUGGCUUGUGGAUAUGCCCAUUUGGGAAAACUUCCCCUUUGCCAUUCUGGCUUUAUGUAAUAAUCACAUCCUCUUUACCUCACAUCUGUUCACUUGUUAUGUGUUUCACAGGGACCAGACAAGUGAUGUCUUCAAAACAUGGAAUUCAUAUUGAUGUCUGAAAUAACCAUGUGGCAGUCUUAAGAGAACCAAUGGUUGAGAGGAUGACAGCCAACAUUAAAGUGAAUUUAAAAAACACAUGAUUACAAUUCCUGAAUCCUCUCGCUCAGGAAGCAUGCACUUUUCCCAUUACAUACCCUUGUUGUGUUCCUCUCUCUGUUACACUCUAGAGCAAUAUGAGAGUUUCAUUUACGCCACAGUGUAUUUUUAUUGUUUCUUCUAUUUAUCUGGCUUGACUAAUGUUAUUAGAUUAACAUCCAAUUAAGUUUUCUAGAAAUAUACCUUUAAAGUAAUUCAUUUCCUGAUGAAAAACAGCUCAAAUUUUAGGAUGACUAAUUUGUGGAAAGUUAGCGUUCUCUUUGGAUCCACGUUUUCCCGAGAUAUUGAAACAGUGAAAUGGACAAAGUAAAUGAGGUUGUGAAUAAGAUGUACAGUGAACGCUGACAUUUCUUUACUGCAUAUGUGUUGGUCCUGACUGAAGUCUAAUUUGCCAAGUGCUUUAGUGAGCUCUGAUUACUGGCAGAAACUGCUGUAGUGCACUUACGUUAUAAUAUUCUUAAAAGACAGUAACAUUAGACCUAGGUUAUUGUUUCAGAAAUAACUUUAGGAAAUAACUAUUAUAAUAUGUUGGCUGUAAUAACAUUCUACCAAAAUAUUGUUUUUUCAUUAUCUUUGCCCUCGAAUCUCAUGUGUUGGAGUUUUCACUGUUUCGAAAAACAUAACUAAAUUUAACAAAAUAUUUGUUUAAAAUUAACAUUAACAAAAUAUUGAUACUUGACUCAUAACCGUAGAAUUCGCAAAAAAAGAACCUAACCAAUAAUGUCAUUUCAAAUGUAAACUCCUGAAUGUGCCAUUAAAGUUGUUUUACUUGCUAUAAAUUUGUUUACAUACUAUUCUAAAAUAUACCAGUUAAAUCAUUUUUUUAAGAUUUGCCUGAUACUGAGAGACAAAACAUUUUUUUCAAAAAAAGUAGUUUUAGGAGAUUGGCUUUUUCCUUUAUUCUUUCAGGUUGAUCUUCUGUUAAAAAUGAUUUACCUUCUGGACUUCCUAGGUGGUGCAGUGGUAAGGAAUCCGCCUGCCAAUGCAGGGGACACGGGUUCGAGCCUUGCCCUGGGAGGAUUCCACAUGCCCCAGAGCAACUAAGCCCGUGUGCCAAAAAAAAAAAAAAAAUGAUUAACCUUUAUUAGAGAAGGAAAAUUGAGUUGCUAUAAGCUUUACAUUUGCACAGUUUAAUGUUACUUUGAUAUGAGUCAGUAAGGCACCUAUUUUUUUUGUGGCAUUUGUACCAGCUGCUGUCUUCAGAUUUUCUUACACGUUUGUGUUUGUAAUGCUGGUGAUUAUGUGCCUUAAUCUCUGAGAUGUGAUGAAACGAUGCUUUAUCCAAAGCAGAUUUUUCUUAUUAAGUUAAACAGAGUUCUGUAAAUUGUUAUAAAGGGUCAGGCACUUCAGUUUCUCUUUUUGUUGUUAACCAAUUGGUUGCAAUCUGUUAUGUUGUAUAAUUUAUUAGCUCUUACAAUCUGUUAUUUCUUUCGAGAGCAGUUGUGUCAAUUUGGUUGGUUUAAUAGUGAACAUUAUACAGUGGGGGUAAAUUUGAUAAGUGGAGAUUUUUAAAAAGCAUAUGAUUUUAGAAAUCCUUGGAAAUAAAGCAUAUAUCUUGCGUAACUUUUUCAGACUAAAUCACAAAACUCUCCCUGUUUUUCUUUCUCCAUAUUAAACAAAUGAAUAUGCUAAAAACAUAGGGCCUUAUUUAAGAAUGUCACAUUGGCAUUUUGGGGGUUGCCCUAACUUUCUUUAUUAGAAUGGGAACUCACUUUGACCAUGACUCCUUGCUUAAACAAUAACUGCAGAUUUUAAGUGUGGGUUUCUUUGUUCCUACCUCUACCAUCAGAAAUGUUCCUUGUCCUCAGAGUGGUCUC